AUGGCCACAGAAGACCCUGUGAACCUAGCACCACCCGAACACAGCACUGUGGUCAGCACGGCAGCGGACAGCUUCUUCUGGAAGCCCAACUCGCUCAGCAUGCACGUCAUCAGGCCCAGGUCUGCCAAAGGUCGGAAGCAGCCAAGCCUACACAGACCCCAAGGCACCGGGGAAGGCUUCUCCAGUGGGGAAGGCUCUUCCAGUGUACCGGCCUGUUCCCCUCCACCCUGUGCCUCUGAGUUGCCAAGUAGCCAGAAAGCCAGAGCCUGUGCGCCUGUCUCUCCACCUCAGGGAGUCCCUAAUGAGAUCCCUGAGCUGCUGCAACAAGUGCCCAUUGGGGCCACCUCGUCCCUCAAUAAGUACCCAGUCCUCCCUUCCAUCAACAGAAGAAGCCUAGAGGAGGGGGCUGUGGACACAGUGGCCAGAAAGGCCAGUUCACUGCAGCCGAGCAGCAUCCAGGCCCUUUAUCAUGAGGAGGCUCGCACGACUUGGAGGGCGAGCCAAGAAGAUUCCAGAGUUCAAGUCUGUGCCCUAGAGAAGAAGUUCAUCAUCCGAACCAAGAGGCAGAGCUCCUCCUGGGCUGCUAACCUGGAGGAGCCAUCAGAUCAAGAGCCAAGGCUGCUGCUGGCUGUCAGAUCACCGUCAGGGCAAAGGUUCGUGCGCUACUUCAGGCCCACUGAUGACCUACAAACCGUCAUUACAGUGGCUGAGCAGAAGAACAAAGCCACCUACCAACACUGCAGUAUUGAAACAAUGGAGGUGCCCCGGAGACGUUUCUCUGACCUCACCAAGUCCUUGCAGGAGUGUGGCAUCCUUCACAAGUCAGUACUUGGCAUCUCCCAGGAAGAGAGGGAGCGGUGGCCUUGAGCCCACAGUACCAGGGGCCCCAGGUCUUUAAGCAAAGAGCAUGCUGGGAGUGCCGAGGCCUCCCACAUAGCCUGAUUCCAAGUGCCAUGUGAGCCCAGUGCAAGCUGGGAUCCCUUGGGCCUUGUCUCUAUAUCGUGUCCUUGGAGGCAGGGUCUGCCCGUGUGCUGAGCCCCCUGGGAAACUCCCUUCCAGCCUCAUGUUCUCUCCACUACUGCAGCAACAGGCAAGUUCUAGGGCCGUUCCAGAAACAGCUGCAGCCAGGACUUCUCCCUUCCAGCGUUGGCUCCUUCUAAAACCAUGAUUGCUCCUAGAGCACCUUCCGCCCUACAAUGAACUCUGGGUCUCUUGAAGCUACCACUUUGCCUUUCUGUAUCUGACACGGGAUUAAAUACUUCCCGGAGAAGAUUCUAGUCUGCUAAAUAACCAGGGUUUAGAAAAUUUCAAAUUGGCAUUUGUAUU